AUGGCUGGAGCGGUGCGCCAACCAAUUGAUAUCCCGUCCCUGGAGCGGUAUCUCAAUCAGAAUGUACCUGAGAUCCAGACACCUUUAGAUGUGAAACAGUUCUCGUUCGGACAGUCUAAUCCCACUUAUCUGCUGACCGGCACCGAUGGAAGGCAGUUCGUCCUGCGCAAAAAGCCCCCGGGCAAGCUCCUGUCCAAGACCGCGCAUAAGGUCGAACGCGAAUACAAGGUCAUCCACGCACUGGAGCAGACAGACGUCCCGGUACCAAAGGCCUAUUGUCUCUGUGUAGAUAGCAAUGUGAUUGGGACCCCGUUCUAUAUCAUGGAGUUCUUGGACGGUCGGCUAUUUACCGAUCCUGCCAUGCCGGGAGUCAGUGCUGAGGAAAGAAACGCAUUGUGGAAGGCAGCGGUGCAGACCCUGGCUAAAUUCCAUCGAGUCGACCCCAAGUCGGUUGGUCUGGAAACUUUCGGAAAGCCGUCGGGGUACUAUGAUCGGCAGAUCGCCACCUUUUCAACGGUGUCCAAAGCGCAGUCUCAGGCCGUCGACGUUGAGACCAAGGAGCCAGUGGGGGAACUUCCGCAUUUUAUGGAGACGGUGCGCUUCUUCUCGAAUAAGUCUACUCAGCCGAAGGAUCGCGGCACGCUAGUCCAUGGCGAUUACAAGAUCGACAAUAUGAUUUUCCAUAAGACUGAACCCCGCGUCAUCGGUAUCCUGGACUGGGAGAUGGCUACGGUGGGGCAUCCCCUAUCGGACUUCUGUAACCUCACGAGUCCGUACUAUCUGGAUGGCACCGACCACACAACCGACCAGUUCCAACCUGACCGGAUACCUGGAUUGCCCAAGCGUGAAGACUGCGUACGAUGGUAUCGCGAAGUGGGCGGAUGGGACCCGACCAUGGACCUCCCCUGGGGAGACGCCUUCUUUGCCUGGAGGCUCUCGAUUAUCCUUCAAGGAGUCAAAGCUCGCUAUGCACUGAGACAGGCCAGCAGUGCCCAAGCGCACGAACAUGCCAAAAAGACUACCCCGUUCGCGUUGGCCGCCUGGGAACGGGUCAAGGCCGUCCAGAACACAAUGCAUCAAAAAGGCAAACUGUAG